UUUUUUUUUUUAUAUCUCUCUUUAAACUUUUCCUCUCACCUAUUUCAUAAUUUAACCCAUGCUGAUGGAAGACACACUACAAGAAGAACAGCGUUUAUCGCCCGUAAACAUUGAUAAAGCAGAAUAUAUUAUAUCACUAGCAUCCAAAAAGAAUGGUGCAUUCAAGCCCAUGAUGCAGUUAUUGCGAGAAGUGGAGGAACAACUCUUACUCCGUCAAAAGAAGAACAGACUAUUUUAUCAAGUGGUGAAGGUGGUGGAUGAGCGCUACAAAAGACAAGUACAGGGUAAUAACCAGCAGAUUGAAAGCAUACUAGCGGAAAUGCAACAUAUCCAGCAAGAUAUGGAUCAUUUGACUUCGUGUCGUGCUAAUUUAAAACAAGAACUGGAAGGACAUGAAGACCAACUCAACGAGAUUCGAGACUACGCUGAACAGCGAAGAAACAAGAAAUCUAAGCGAGAAAAACAAUAUCAUCAGCUAUACAAUAUACCCAUUGUUGCCACUCAAUUCAAGAAAAAGUAUGUUCGUGCGCGUGAUAAGAAUUCAGACGCUGAAGAACGAGUCUCUGAGGUGAGAGCUACCGUAGAUUCUUGUCAACGCGCCAUGGGUGAAUUGUCAAAGUCAUUGGGCGAUUGUCAAAAACGAAGAGAGGAAUUGACUUUGCAACAGGGGGAACUUUCAACUCAAAAACAAAAAAUAGAAGACUUACUCUUUAAUUUACACGAAGGCUGUAAAUUCUGGAUGGGCUUUGACCAGUAUCAAUCAGACACAGCUGCUAAGGCAACCAACACAUUUAUCGAGACCAUCCAAAAACACGCCAAAAGCCACAACACGUUUCAUAAAAUCAUGGAUCCCAACAAUGAUUUUGUAAAGAUCUUGAAGAUGGCCUUGUUUGAAUAUGGUCAAGCAGAGAGUUAUGCACAGUCAAGAUGGGAUGGAUUGCAGGUGGAAUAUGACUGUGCAAAGUGUAGGACAUCCCAUGUGGGCUGGCCAACACCUGAUAAAGUGCGCACUGCCGAUCUUUUGUGUGACACUUGUUAUAAGGAGGCCCGUACAUCCAUGAUCUGGGAAAAGAAGAUGAAGAUGGGAAUGGAUCGAAGUCAACAACUGUUAUCGCUUCCCGGUGGCUCCACCCUGUCAUUUUCUUCUACUGCUACUGCUGCCUCUAGCUCAAGUUCGACCAGUAUGAGUAGUAAGCCUGGCUUUAAGAAAGUAAUGCAAAUCUUUAAAGGUGGUAAGCGAAGAAGCAGUAGCAAUAACUCAUACGAUUCUCCCGAGCAACAACGUAAUAGCCAGCUACUAAGAGCUUAGAAAGAAACACUCAAACCCCCCCCCCCUUUUUUUUCCAUUUUAUACCAUUCAAAAUAUACAAAUUGUAGUAAUCCCUU